AGACGAAGAUGAAACUCGAAGAAAAUGAUUUAAAUAGAUUAAGGAAAGAAAAGGACCACUAUGAGAGUCAAAUUUUAUCAUUGAAGCAAGAAUUGGAAUUAGCCAAAACGACAUAUGAAGAAAAUCAGUUACAAUUAGAAACCCAUGCCAAGGAAACUAAAGUUCAGCUUGAGAAGAGAAUUACAGAACUUGAGUGCCUUCUGGCUCAUUCAAGGAACAAAGUGAAAGAACUUGAGGACUUUUCAGAAUCAAAAUUUCUAAGAUGGAAAAGAAAGGAACACAGAUAUGUGCACUUCAUCAAUUCUCAAUUUGGAUCCUUGCAGGAAUUGAGGUUGGCAUCCGAAUCCUUGAAGGAAGAGGUUUUGAAGACCAAGGAAAUCUAUGCUGAUGAAGUUCAUCAUUUUGGGUUAAAUCUCAAAGAAUUGGUAGAAGCAGCACAGAAUUAUCACACUGUACUUGAGGAAAAUCGAAAACUUUACAAUGAGGUUCAAGAUUUAAAAGGAAAUAUAAGAGUUUAUUGCCGUAUAAGGCCAUUUCUUCCCGGACAAAGUGGAAAACACACAACCAUACAAUAUAUUGGUGAUAAUGGAGAAUUAGUUGUCAUAAAUCCCUCUAAACAAGGAAAAGACAGUCAUCGGCUUUUCAAGUUCAAUAAGGUCUUUGGUCCUGCAGCUACUCAAGAGGAAGUCUUCCGAGACACACAACCAUUAAUCCGGUCCGUUCUUGAUGGAUAUAAUGUUUGUAUCUUUGCUUAUGGUCAAACAGGGUCGGGGAAAACUUACACAAUGAGUGGGCCGAGUGUAACAUCUGUAGAGGAUUGGGGAGUCAACUAUAGAGCUCUGAAUGAUCUCUUCAAUAUAUCUCAGAGCAGAAAAAGCUCCAUUGCAUAUGAAGUUGGGGUUCAAAUGGUUGAAAUUUAUAAUGAACAAGUGCGUGACUUACUUAAUAACCACAGUUCUCAGAAGAGGCUUGGGAUUUGGAACACUUCCCAACCGAAUGGAUUAGCUGUCCCCGAUGCUAGCAUGCACCCUGUUAGAUCAACUACAGAUGUGUUAGAUUUAAUGAGUAUUGGGUUAAUGAAUAGGGCUGUUGGUGCAACUGCUCUAAAUGAAAGAAGCAGCAGGUCCCACAGUGUACUUACAGUUCAUGUCCGCGGGACGGAUUUGGAGACCAAUGCUGUUUUGCGUGGUUGUCUGCAUUUAGUGGAUCUUGCUGGGAGUGAAAGAGUAGAACGCUCUGAAUCAACAGGGGAUAGACUACGGGAAGCACAAUAUAUAAACAAAUCCCUAUCAGCGUUGGGAGAUGUAAUCUCUGCUUUGGCACAAAAAAGUUCCCAUGUGCCAUACAGGAAUAGCAAGCUAACUCAAGUUCUUCAGAGCUCUCUAGGUAGUCAAGCAAAGGCACUCAUGUUCAUACAACUCAAUCCUGAUGUAGAAUCCUUCUCAGAAACUAUAAGUACACUGAAAUUUGCUGAGAGGGCUUCUGGAGUUGAGUUGGGUGCUGCAAGAAGUAAUAAAGAGGGUAGGGGUGUUAGAGAGCUAAUGGAACAGAUGGCUUUUCUAAAGGAUGUUGUUAUGAAGAAAGAUGAGGAAAUCGGAAGAUUACGAUCUUUCAGUACUCAUGGAAAUGCUGAGAGACGAGAUAUGAACUCUUCAAGUUACAGAUCUGCCUCUCCAAGAAGGCUUUCUAUAGAGGCCCCGCAUCCAAGCCGAACUGAUUUGGACAAUAGCUCUGAGUACAGCGAUAAACAUUGUGAGGCUGUUUCUCACAAAUCAAUAGACAGCCAGAGGCACCACGAGGAAUUCUUUCAACAAUCAAGGCUUGAAAUCGUAGGAAGUGGUCAAAAUUUUAUGGAAGAUGUCAGAUCAGGCCCCAGCUUAGCAAAUGGAGGAAAAACUUCUAAUUUAGAUGUAGGGCUCCUGAACUUUGGAGAUACUGAUUCUGAAGAGAGACUAAGUGAUAUGUCUGAUGGUGUUUUUACAACGGGUACUGAAACUGACAGUUCCAUAAGUAAUAAGGUAGAGCAUAUGCUUUUACCUGAAACUGCAAAACGAACUUCAGAGAUCAUGGAGAAGCGCAACGUGCCAGUUAAACUUCCAAGGCCCCACCAAAAGCCAGUCCAAGCAGGAUCUUAUCGGUUGUCAAUGAGCGAGCGCUCUUCAAAAGUUUCGAGUUCUAAAAGAGCCACUUUUGGCAGCUCUUCUGCAAUGAAGCUUCCAAAACAGCGAGAGUAAUUCAAAGCGCCGCAUUCGACGAGUUAGAGUACAUUAAAAUCAGCUGAUUCGUAGGCUUUUAGGUGGUAAUUUUCUGGCUAGAAGAGAUGUUUUAAACUUCAUCCCAGCAUAGGUUGCAGUUAAAUGUUUUAGGAUUACCUCCCCAUUUGGUCAUUGUGUAAAUUCGUGCGCCACGGAGAUGAAUUCAACUGACAAUUUGAUUGUGUAUUUGCUUUUUAACUAAUAUAGUAGCAGAAAAAAAAUUGAUGCCAAACCCUAAAA